GAGGGUGGCUUGGCCCGCAAUGGGGGAAUCGGCUAGGUUUCGGUUCAAAUCCAGGACCAGCCACUUACCCGUCCAGUGACCCUGGGCAAGUCACUGCACAUUUCUUUGCCCCCAAGUUCCCUAUCUGGUGGGGUUGUCUGAUACUCGGAUCAUUAUUGUAGUUAUUACUAUUAUUCACCCCAUCCCUGUCCACCUCCAGGGGUCCCCACAGGCUAUUCCAAUCCUGCUCCCUGUCUCCAGUCUCUCGGGUCCCCAGAAAUUAUUUGUAAUCCUGUUGUGCAGGGGAUGAAUCUUCAGGUGGAAGACCAAAUUUCCUACAUUUGUGUUCCAGGCACUGCAAGACAGAGAAGUUAGGAUAGAGACAGGGAGAGACAAGUAGAGAGAGACGCAGAGAGACAGAGACGUGGAGAGAGAUAAAGCAAGACGCUAAUCAAGAAACAGGAGGGGUGUGAGAAAAGGACCAGCUCGGCAACCCCUGGAGCCCCAGCCCCGCCUUCAUGCCCAGCAGGUGUCCCACCUGGCUCAUCCUCCCAGGUAAGCCUCAGCCUGUGCUGAAGGCAGUUUGAUUCUGAGCCUCCCAGUGACUUUUGAGGAACAUCUACAGAGGGGAAGAUGGCCCAAGUCCUGCACGUGCCAGCUCCCUUUCCAGGGACCCCUGGCCCGGCCUCCCCACCUGCCUUCCCUGCCAAGGAGACUGACCCUCCCUACUCCGUGGAGACACCCUAUGGCUACCGCCUGGACUUGGAUUUUCUCAAGUAUGUGGACGACAUUGAGAAGGGCCACACGCUGCGUCGCGUGGCCGUGCAGCGCCGGCCCCGACUCGGCUCGCUGCCCCGGGGCCCUGGCUCCUGGUGGACCUCCACCGAGUCGCUGUGCUCCAACGCCAGCGGGGACAGCCGCCACUCCGCCUACUCCUACUGUGGCCGCGGCUUCUACCCCCAGUACGGCGCCUUGGAGGCCCGCGGCGGCUUCAAUCCCCGGGUGGAGCGCACCCUGCUGGACGCCCGGCGGCGCCUCGAGGACCAGGCCGCGGCGCCCACGGGCCUGGGCUCCCUGACCCCCAGCGCAGCCAGCUCCACCAGCUCGUUGGUGGGCGUGGGGCUGCCGCCCCAGACGCCACGGGGCUCGGGAAUGUCCACGCCAGUGCCGCCCAGCGCCGGGCACCUGGCCCACGUUCGGGAGCAGAUGGCGGGUGCCCUGCGGAAGCUGCGGCAGCUGGAGGAGCAGGUGAAGCUGAUCCCCGUGCUCCAGGUGAAGCUGUCAGUGCUGCAGGAGGAGAAGCGGCAGCUCACCGUGCAGCUGAAGAGCCAGAAAUUCUUGGGCCACCCUUCAGGCGCCCGGGGCCGCAGCGAGCUCUGCCUUGAUCUUCCGGAGGCUCCCGAAGACCCGGUAACACUGGAGACCCGAAGCGUGGGCACGUGGGUCCGAGAACGGGACUUGGGCGUGCCUGAUGGCGAGGUGGCCCUUGCCGCCAAGGUCGCGGUGCUGGAGACCCAGCUCAAGAAAGCACUCCAGGAGCUGCAGGCAGCUCAGGCCCAACAGGCUGGACCCCAGCCUGACCCCCAACCCCAGGGCAGGCCACCGCCAGACAGCCCAGUUCCUGUGGACACCGUCCGGGUGGUAGAGGGACCUCGGGAGGUGGAGGUGGCAGCCAGCACAGCCGCUGGGGCCCCUGCACAGCGGGCCCAGAGUCUGGAGCCCUAUGGAGCAGGCCUGCGGGCCCUGGCAACAUCUGGAGGAACGGAGAGCUCCCCUGUGUUCCGAAGCCAUGAAGUGGUGGAGGCAGUGUUCCCCUCGCCCACUGCAUCCACUGGCAAUGUCCACUUGGUGAAGAAGAUCAGCAUCACAGAGCAAAACUGCAGUGGGGCAGCAGGUCUCCCACAGCCUUCUGCAGAGUCAUCCUCAUCACCCCCAGAGUCUGCAGCAGCCUCGCUGGCACAGCCCAAGAAGAACACAGGCUGGGUGCCUACCUGCAGCACUACCGACAGGGAGCCCACCAGGCAAGCAGCCUCAUGUGAGUCAGAGGAGGCCAGAGGUGCAAGUGGGCCCCAGGUGGGCAUGCGGUCCAUCAUGAAGCGGAAAGAGGAGCCUGCAGACCCCAAGGCCCAUCAGAGGAGCCUCCAGUUUGUGGGGGUCAAUGGAGGGUGUGAGUCCUCAUCUGAGGACUCCAGCACGGCAGAGAACUUCUCGGACAAUGAGAGCACAGAGAAUGAGACCCCAGAGCCCGAGGCAAGGGUGCCAAGUGUGGCUGAAGCCCCCCAGCUCAGGCCCACAGGUGCAGCAGUAGCCAAGAACAACCGGGAGGAGUGCCAACUAUCUCGGGAGGCUCAGCAUGUGCCCACAGCUGAGGGGGCAUCGGGAUCAAAUGUGGAAGAGAUCCGGAUGGAGCUAAGCCCUGAUCUCAUCUCAGCCUGUCUAGCCUUGGAAAAGUACCUGGACAACCCCAAUGCCCUCAGCGAGCGGGAGCUGAAAGUGGCCUACACCACAGUGCUUCAGGAGUGGCUGCGCCUGGCCUGCCGCAGCGAUGCCCACCCUGAGCUUGUGCGGCGCCACCUGGUCACGUUCCGGGCCAUGUCAUCACGGCUGCUGGACUAUGUGGUCAACAUUGCUGACAGCAAUGGCAACACUGCGCUGCACUAUUCUGUGUCCCACGCCAACUUCCCAGUUGUGCGGCAGCUGCUGGACAGCGGUGUCUGCCAGGUCGACAAGCAGAACCGUGCUGGCUACAGCCCCAUCAUGCUCACCGCCCUGGCCACCCUGAAGACCCAAGAUGACAUCGAGACUCUCCUGCAGCUCUUUCGGCUUGGAGACGUCAAUGCCAAAGCCAGCCAGGCAGGGCAGACAGCCCUGAUGCUGGCAGUCAGCCAUGGGCGGGUGGAUGUGGUCAAAGCUCUGCUGGCCUGCGAGGCAGACGUCAAUGUGCAAGAUGAUGACGGCUCCACAGCCCUCAUGUGUGCCUGCGAGCAUGGCCACAAGGAGAUCACGGGACUGCUGCUGGCUGUGCCCAGCUGCAACAUCUCACUCACUGACCGCGAUGGGAGCACGGCUUUGAUGGUGGCCUUGGACGCGGGGCAGAGUGAAAUUGCAUCCAUGCUGUACUCUCGCAUGAACAUCAAGUGCUCGUUUGCCCCGAUGUCAGAUGACGAAAGUGCUGCAUCGUCCUCCGCAGAAGAGUAGCCAUGAGAGGGGACCAGAGGUGCCUCCCCUCGGGGGCCAGUCAGCCCCAGAGCAAACCGCCCCUCCUCCCUUGUUCUUCCUCCCGGGCUCCUUCCUGCCCCACCCCUCGUACCCACCAAGGCCUCGGUCUCAAAGGCAAGUGGGUUUUUCUUCUGCUUCCCAGGGGGAACCCUUAACAGUGACAAGACUCCAGCUUAAAGUGGGGUUUUCCCUGUACCCCAGUUCAAAGCAGCCACAGUGCAGACCAAAACUACAUUCUCAUAUAAAUUGGCGCCAGAGGCCGAUGCUGGGGCGUGGGUUUGUGGAGAACCCUGAGAACACUCAACUGGCAGUGACGGGGAGGAGGGCAAGAGGAAAAAGUAUUGUAGUUUUUGAAUCACCAUCGGGGAAUGGGGGAAAUCAUACUACUUGUUGCCAAAUUUGAAAGUCACUGGAAUUGCAUAUUCUCGUUUUAAUCCUGAGUGUUAUUACACACGGGUGGCGUCUGGAGUGGCUUAACUCCCCUUUGCCCCCCUGCAUUUAAUUGUCUGGUAUAUAAUAGUGUUUUGUCCACUCCCCCCAGGCAGCUUCUUGGGGGAAUUUUGUUCACAAAACAGAUUCUGUCCUUGUCACCGGGAGUAGGAAAUUUAGUCCCUUCUGCUUUCUCGCUGCCACUACAAGUGUCGCCCCCAUUCAGGUGGGGGGAGCCUCAGGACUCUCAGCAGCUGAGAUGUGUGAGCCGAUAUGUGUGAGUUCAUAUCAAGAAAUUACCCCCAAAUCUGACCCCUCCCCACAUGGAGGCCCCAGCAAAUAUUAAUUUUCCUAGAAAAUCCUUCAGACCUGGAGACACAGGAAAUGAAUCCUGUUCCCAGAGCCACUGAUGAGUCCCUGGGCUUAGAACCCGGGUUACGGGCCGUCCUGAUCCUCCUCAGACUCCAGAAUUUCUCUCUUCAAAGGAAAGAAAACAGGCCGUGUGUUUGUUGGCAGAGCAUGGGGCCGGCUCCAGAAACCCCAUGUGUGCACAAUUAAAAGUUGGCUGCCCCCGGAGGGCUCCCAGUGCAAACUUAAAGAGGCAGGGCCUUGCUGAAAACCAAACAAGGGCCAGCUGGGUUUUUUUUAACCUACACGCUUUCCGGAGCUGCCUGGAACAAGGCCUGCUGGAAAUAGGGCUUGCCAGACACUCACAGUUUCCUUAAUGGCCUGUUUUGUCCCCAGAAUCUCAACAUAGUUUUCUUUCCUGUUCCUUCCUUUUGUGAACCAAAAAAAGAAAAGGGAUAGAUUCCGAGCCUCCAGAAGUGCCUUUGUGACAGGGGAGUAAGACCUCUAGCUAAUAGGUGUCCUGCCCUCCCUUGUCCAGUUCUCAGCUUGGUUGCCAGAGUCGAAGCCAGACCACAGGAGGACAGAUCAGGCCCUGAGUGCUCACAUGUUCAUUCAAUAAAGCGAAACGCUGGCUUCUCUCCUACAGAAGUGGGUUUCUUGGCUUGCGGGAGUCUGGCUUGCUUUGAUUUUGAUUGAAGGGAUCAAAAUCUUUUUUACUUUGUACCCAAGACAAAAGAGCUUGAUGGUCAAAGGAGGAAGGCACCCUAGUGUGUGUUUGUGUGUGUGUGUGUGUGUGUGUGUGUAUGUGUGUAAAUUGGAGAGAAAACAAAAACCAAAGCUGCUUGGGGAUGUCCACUGGUAUCUGAUGGAAGGAAGGCUGCAGCUUUGGGCAGCUUUGAGAAUCGGUACAAGAGUUGUGUGCCUAUGUGUCCUGGCCCAGAGUCAGGGGGUGUGUUUAUUUUAAGCUUCUAGAAGCAGCCCAUUGACACCACCAUAUUUGUCCCUGUGUUCUCCUCUCCCCGGGGACCCAUUGCGCUUGGCGUGAUAGACUACCAGGGGUCCUGCCUUUGUCCCCAUUCUCUUCUCACAUGUAUUCAUGACCUUUAACUUUACUUUCCAACCAUGGUACGUCCAUAAAGACAGUAUUACACUUAAAUGAAGUAUUCCUUUUUGUAAUCAUUUUUUAGAUAGUAAAGGAAUUUAAUAAAGCUACCUUAUAAUAAUGCCGA